AAGUGUGUCCCCUUAUGGCGGGAAACAGCGCCCCCUGCUGUGCUGAACACGUGACGUCCGACUGAUCGCAUCUCAGACCGAAGAUCUUGGUGCCGGAGGAGACGUGGAGUAAUACGUGCGAGCGAUUCGGAUCUCCUCUCUUAAUGACGCAUCUGUCUUUUCAAAUGACGCAUCGUGCGCAUUUUUGGCCGUGGUUUCGUUCGGUCUGCUGAGGUGGAGUUUCCGGUCCGGCUGGUUGCUCCGGUCCGUCCUCUUUUCACCGCUUUAGCAGGUUUGAACUUUGCUUCCACUUAUCGCCAGAUAACGUCGGUGUCCAAAGGUCCUCCGGUUCGGUCCCCGGGGGUUCACCGUUCAGACCGCCGGCCGCGAGAUGGACUCUGCUGCGUGGACACGUGUCCUCUCAGUGCACCAGAGAAUAGUGGACAAUGGAGACAAGAGGACGGACCCGUGGCUGCUGGUCUACUCCCCCGUCCCGGUGGCGCUCAUCUUCCUGGCGUACCUCCUGGUGGUCUGGGCCGGCCCCCGUCUGAUGAAGCACAGAGAACCCUUCGACCUCAAGGUCGUCCUGGUCCUUUACAACUUCGCCAUGGUCGGCCUGUCGGCCUACAUGUUUCACGAGUUCCUGGUGACGUCGUGGCUCUCCAACUACAGCCUCCUGUGCCAGCCCGUCGACUACAGCAGCAGGCCGCUGCCCCUGAGGAUGGCCAACGUCUGCUGGUGGUUCUUCUUCUCCAAGGUCAUCGAGCUCGCCGACACGAUGUUCUUCAUCCUGAGGAAGAAGAACAACCAGCUGACCUUCCUUCACGUCUACCACCACGGCACCAUGAUCUUCAACUGGUGGGCGGGCAUCAAGUACGUGGCCGGCGGACAGUCGUUUUUCAUCGGCCUGGUCAACACGCUGGUCCACACCGUGAUGUACUCGUACUACGGCCUGGCGGCGCUCGGCCCCCACAUGCAGAAGUACCUGUGGUGGAAGAGGUACCUCACCUCUCUGCAGCUGCUGCAGUUCCUGCUGUUCCUCCUGCACACCGGGUACAACCUGUUCACCGAGUGCGACUUCCCCGACUCCAUGAACCUGGUGGUGUUCGGUUACUGCGUCACGCUCAUCGUGCUCUUCAGUAACUUCUAUUUUCAGAGCUACCUCCACAAGAGGAAGCAGAAAUGAGACGUGCGCGCGGCACUGAGGUGUACCUGCCUCAUUGUUCUGUGUGCAGUAGCCAGUAGUGUCCACUAGGGGCGUCCGCUCUCUACUCUUCUUCUGUUGCCGCUCAUCAUUCAUCGUGAAGGGAAAGAUGCUUCACACAGUUGAGGUCCUCAGUGCGACGUGAGUACUCACAGGUCACGUGUGGGAUGCGAGUGCUCUGCGGUUCAUUUUGCGUGGAAUGUCUACGGGAACAAAGAGAAGUAUGUGUCUGGACCGCUGAAGUGUGAAGUUGUGGCCAGCGACAAUAAUUUGAAUUCCUGAGCAAGAAUGUUCCUCUGCAAUUUUCUGUAGUACUCACAGCAAUAUAGUAUUUUGAGUGUAAUGAAUGAGCACAUCACAUGACACAGUUAUGCUGCGUUUAGAUGAAAUGAUUGGCCAAAGCUUUAUUUGAAUAAAUUCAACAAUAUUUAUGGUAAUUAGUUCUGGAUUACUCAUCUUGUGUUAUUGUUGUGAGAUAUAACACAUGCAUAACGCUAGGUGAACAACCUGCAAAUAUGCGAUAUAAAACCACCUUAAAGGCACAUAAUAUAUACUGGAAAAUAUAAAUGUACCCUGAGAAAAACUAAUUCCUUUAUGGUAAUGGUUUUUUGAGCCUGUAUCAACUUCUCAGGUUAAGCUUUUUGGGUCAAGCUCAACAACUGCAUAUCGAGGAAGUGGAUGAACUCACUGACGCCGCCAUCAGAUCACAUGGCGGCGCCUCCACAUUCAGAAAGAGCAACGAGCAGUUGUGUAACAGCAAUCCAGUCACUCACUCACUCGGUGCGAGACACUGAAUAACCUGCAUGUGCACGAGAUGUUAAUCUGAGGUUAGAAGCAGGUUAACCUGCAGCACCCGGAGAGGAAUUCCUCCUCCUCCCCCGAUGUCACUCUGCAGUCAAAGUUAAUCAUUUUCUGAGCUGAGUUGUGUUUUCAGAAGGUGGGAAGCUGCAGUCGUUGAGUUUGUUCCAGAGCGAAGUGACAGCAGCAAACCUGCAGCUAUUGUGUGACUUUCCUUUACGCACACAUGCAUUAUUGCCACAGGGGAUAACAGUGUCGUGGUGCCAUCGCUUGUAAUUAAGUACAAAUACAAAUUAUUUUAAAAGUUAAUUUGUAUUAAUGUUUUGUUUUAAAGCAGAUUGCUUCGAUGUGCCUUUAAGGUUUUUUUAUUCAAUUAGUUUAAAAGACCAAAUUGUACAUACGGUUUAAUUUCUACAUUGUGAUUAUAAGAUGUUUUUACAAGCUGUGGGAUAAUUGUCGGGUUUAUUACUUUAAUAAAAAUGUAAUGUUAGUGGACACAAGAGUGCCGAGAGUGUAACUUUGUACAAUAAAGCACAAGCACCAGAAAAAUCA